CAGAAAUCACAUGACACCAGAGUGAAACACAAGCGCCUCCUUGUUUUCAUAGUUACAAGUGAUCGCUUUAAGCAAGCCGAGUUAGUAUGUAGUGUCAAAUUCAACUUUUACUCUCACUCUCCGGUGAUAUGACAGAUUAACUCAACAUGUCGAUGGAAAGCUCAAAGUCAUUUAAGUUCACCUUCCAGUCAUCUGUGCACAGUUCCCAUGUUCUGCAAUGUCUGAAUGAGCAGAGGAAGAAAGAUCUUCUGUGUGAUGUGACUAUUGUGGCGGAGACUCAGAGUUUCCGGGCCCACCGGGCAGUUCUGGCGUCCUGCAGUGAUUACUUCAGCGCUCGUGUGUCCAGUCAUACACCUGAAGGAAUUGUCAUCAACCUUCCUGAUGAGGUUACUUCAGAGGGGUUUGAACCCUUGCUGGAUUUUGCAUACACCUCAAAACUCAUCUUUACCAAAGAGAAUGUGCUGGAAAUCCGUAGCUGUGCUUCUGUUCUUGGUUUCAAGAACUUGGACAAAGCCUGCUUCGACUUCCUUCUCCCCAAGUUCUUUGACAGCAGCCGAAACACAUCAAAAGUCCAGAAGAAGUGCUGUAAAACCAAAUGCUGCAAAUCACGAGAGGCUGAAUUGAGCUCGGUUAACAAGGAUGAUGUUAUUGAUGAAGAUAAAUCAUUACUUCAACCCUCACAGCUUCAGCUUAAAGCCAAAGAGACAUCUUGCCCUCCAUCAGUGGCCAUUGAGGAUGUCGCAAAAGGCUGUUAUAGUGGAAAAGACACAGAUUACUCCCUCCUGUGCCCGAAGUACCGGAAGUUUCAAAUAGCUUGCGGGAAGGAGCGAUCCUGUCUGGAUGUCUGCGACUCGACACCUAUGUCCCUUGACAAGACAGAUGACUACUGUCCUUUAAGUUGCCUUCCUUGCUCAAGCAAUGAAGACUGCAAGGAGACAUUUUCGUGCAAUAAAACACCUCCCACUGACGAUGAAGAUUCUCUUCUGCCUGAAUGUUGUCCUCUGAAUUCUGGUCCUUGCACAGGCCAGCCAUCAUUUCCAACCUGUAAUGAGUCGGCACAUUCCAUUUGUGACUCGGGAGACCAGGCUAAACGGGGAAUGUCCCCUCACUCAGGAAUAGAUGAUGCUGAGAGAACAUACAUGGAGUUUAGAGAUGACCAAAGCAAUGAACAGAGGACCACAGAGGAAAUAGAGGUGGCCAAGCAGCUUACGUUCUGGCCAGAUUCUUGUCAGGCGUCUCCCUCUGGCCUGGGCUUGGUGGCGAAGGCCUCAAAUUGUCUGAAAAGCUGGUACCUGGAUCCCAGAGCAUUAGAGUGUCCAUUUAUGCAGAACUUUGGCGCAGUGGGUGCUCAACUACAUGAUGGAGAGGGAGGAUCCACCUCGCAGGGCAGUCCGUACUUACCCUCCAACCAAUCAGGGGAGGACUCUGAUAGUUUUGACACAGAGGGGGACAGUGAGUCUUACAGCAGCGAACGAGUGUGUGAGAUGGCGCUGCCGCUCUCUGUGGAUCAGAUCGUGUCUCUGAGCAGGAACGAUUUCCAGCAGAUGCUGAAGCAGCAGUGCUUGACACGGGAGCAGCUCGAUGUUGUGCAUGACAUCCGCAGACGAAGCAAAAACCGUAUUGCAGCCCGUCGCUGCCGCAAGCGGAAACUUGACUGCAUACAAAACCUGGAGUGUGAAAUUGAGAAACUGAGGAGCGAGCGAGAGAAGCUCACAGCUGAAAGGAUGAAGCUGAAUCAGAUGAAGCUGAAGGCCUGGCAGAGUUACUCAGGCCUGUAUGAGAGGGUCUGUGCUGAAGCCGCCCUCAAACCCGAGCAGCUACAGGUGCUGGCCAAAUAUUCCUCUCCAGACUGUCCGCUGUCUGCUUUCCUGUGCCCCUCCACAGACUCUCAGAGCACCGAUGCACACCUGUCCCAGGCUUCAGACCUUUCCACGCACACCUCUUACCCUGGAGCCAAACCACCAGUUAAUUCCUCAAUGGAAAACACCGUUGCACAAUCAAGCUCACAGAACCCGUUACCUCUUGGGGUCGUAGAAGUUCAGUCACGUACCUGUCCACCUGACGCCUCUGCUUUUGAGAAAAUUUCUGCACCCAGACAGCCAUCGGAUAUAAUUGAUCUUCAUUUGACAAAGGACCAUCAGAAAACGGAUUCUUUUUUGGUAUCUCACUAUGCAAACAAAAAUAUCACCUCAGCUACACACAAACUCAACCCAUGUUGCAUCACUGACAGAAAUGGGCGUUAGGAACCUGAUCUUAUGAAACACCUUGUUCAAGACUGAGGGAAUAAUUUACCAGGAUUCUGAAUAUCUAAAGAUGCCAUAUUUCUUUUUUAGCUCAACUGUCAUGGAAUGGCAUGCACAGGAUUGUGGGAUUUCAAAGGCAGCGACGGAUACAUCUGUGCUGCCUUCAAAAAUCGAUCAGAUGAAGGUAUCUCAGGAGACAGGAAGUAAAGCUAACAUUGGAUUCGGAUGUGCCUUGAUGCCUUCCUACCUUGAAAUGCAUCCUCCAAAGGCAGCAUUUUUCUGCUUUCGGAUGCAACCUAAAUCCACACUUUUUCUAAUACUGUUUCGGAGUGGUAUUUGAGGCUGGGUGUAUCCAGUCAUUCAUUAUGUUUAGAAACUUGUGUGCCCAAUUUUCACGACAUGUCUAGAAAAAUGUGUAAAUAAAGCUAUUGCAUUUUUACAACACUAUGUUGUGUGGCUCAAUGGGUAAUCAAAAAUUAUACGCAUACUUGGGCCAAAUACAGGAAAUAUGUCACAAGUGUGGGUAUUGACACAGGCCAAAUGUUAACUCAAUGAUUUAGUGAAUGUGCCCCAUUAUCUGGCUUUGAAUUAGAGUUCAGCCAGCAUACUGAGUUUACGCGUGACGCUGGGGAACAACCUGAUGUCUUUUUUUCUCUCUUUCUUUCUCUCUCUCCAUUGCUUUCUCUCAACCUUGCUUGAAAAAAACAUGUUCAGUGUGUUUGCUUUGACAUAUACCGUCUCAUAGGUCCAACAGAGCAGACCUGUCUGUGAAGUAACAGGUGAAUGUGAAACAGAAGUUUCCCCUUCUCUUUUAAACUAAAGCUUUCAAAAUGAAUUUAAGGUGUUUGUCAGAUUAUACGAUUCCAAAUGCAGGCUUCACAUGACAGAAACAAAGAAAAAAAGACAGCUUAAAAUAAUAAAAGCACUGCUGUUGUCCCAAAUGGCAUCCAUUAACAUAAAAACAUAAACCACAAGACUGAUCUGUCAUUAGUGUGAAAGUGACACCAUACUCUGACAGACAGACAGUCUCUGUUCUCAUGUGAUGCUCCUAUUAAUCAUCACAGAAGCACUUAGUAGCACUCGGAUCAGAUCUGCAAGGUUUGUUUAUUAAAACUGAUCGCAUCUGUUAUCGGGGGACAUCAAUCUGACCCUCAGCUAUGACAGAUGUUGUUACGCUGUAGUGAUAUCAAAUACUUGAUCUACAUCUAUAGCAAACAAAUUAUUCAUGAGGUUAAGGUGAUUCUCUUCAUAGCCAUGUGAUUUUUGGGGGAGGAAAACAUUUACAUAACAUUAACAUAUAGCGGAGUUAUUAAAAUCAAUUGUAUUAUUUAUUCAAAUUAAUUAUUUUUGUAUUUAUUUAUUAUUUAGGUGGAGGCAGAUUAGUGUGAGUUUGCAGUGAAGGGGUUUAAGCAGAAUAAAUGAUUGGAGAAGUCCUGCAUAUGUCACCAAAGAGAAGUCUGGCGUAUUCACUCAAAGAUCCAGCCAUGACAUUUUGAUUUGAAAAAAACAACAACAACAGAGACAACAAAACAAACAAACAAACAAACAAACAUAUGCUCGGAUUAGUGUUCACAAUAAGGUUAAACGACAUCGUUUUCAACUAAAAACUGAAAACUUUUUAUGCAUUUAGCCGUUCAUUUACACGAUACCGGCGUUUUGCUGGCCUGAAAACGCAAACAUCUGCAUGUAAACAACAAAAACGCGAAUCUGUGAAAAUGAUGACGUCAUGCACAUGCGUAUUACAUGUUCAGUCUAUAGUGUUUUUCAUCGCCAUCUAAUGGCCUGCCAGCAGAAUACAUCGUUUUUAGUCAUUUUCACAGAUUUGUAUGAAUGGGGAUCGUUUUGACAAUGGUGUCGUCUGUAUGUGGAAAACUCAAAGGAAAAACUUCUCAGUUUUAACCAUAUCGUUGUCGUGUAAACGUACCCUAAAUGUAACGGUGACCAGGCAAACACUGAGUGAACAGGAGGAACUUAAAUACAUAAUGGCGAUGAACUAAAAGACGAACAGCUGUGAUGAUUAGUGUUAAAGUCCAUAGUAACAGAUGAGUGGCAGGAAACUCAAACAAAGGAACAUGUGAUGAAUGAAAACAAACUAAAAGUCCAUGAAAACUAAGACAAACCAAACCAAAUAUAUAUAUAUAUAUAUAUAUAUAUAUAUAUAUACAUUUGGUUAUACAGAAAAACAAAAUAUAUAUAUAUAUAUAUAUUUUUAUUUCUGUGAUGGAAAAGCUGAAUUUUCAGGAGUCAUUACUCCAGUGUUCAGUGCUGAUAGACAGAAAGGCAGAUAGAUAAACCAUUUGAUUGAUAGAUAGAUAGAUAGAUAGAUAAAUAGAUAGACAGAUAAACAGAUAGACAGACAGAUAGAUAGAUAGAUAGAUAUUUUACUGAAAUUGUUGUUGAUAAUAUAAUUUAAAUAAAAUAAAAUUGAAAUGAGCAUUUGACCACACUUCUAUAUGAUAAUAGCUCCAGGUUUUAAAGCAAGGACUCCACAAAAGUCAUUUUCAAUGGCCCUCACAUGUGUUCAGUGAAGUCUGAGGCCUUUGAAACCAACUGCCAGGCCCAAAUAGCUCUGAGCAGUCCUUAUCUUCUUAAGUGUGAAUGGCCCUCUGUCUCUCUGAAGCUCUAUCAUUUCUAUACGUUUGCCAAUAGCCCACAAGCUUCCCCUCGCAUGUACAGACUCACAAACACGACAAAACAUCUUUCAUGUCUAAAUUUCCCCAAGGCCAAAACUGAGCUAGAAAUUGUAUUGUCUUUCUGGUCUGGACAUGGCUGUCCUAUAUAUGUAUAACCUGAUUUACAUAGGUUCAGGCACACUUUGUUUUGAGAAAAUUCAUCCGUAGCACAAAAAUCUAAUCAAGAAGAUCGCCUGUAUCUCAGUGUCUUAUCUUUCUGUACAUUUUCUGAUAUGCAUUAAGACAUGUCUGAUGUAUUUUUGAAGAAAAGGCGUUUAAUCUUCAGUUAGUAAUUUGUCUGGGUCAUGGAGCAGGUAGCUCUUGAAGCAGAGUUUGACCUUUGAACUCGAUUUGAUUGUGCCUCAGUUUGAGAGAGAAUACUUUGGUCAGUCCCUCGAGGCUUGUGGUUUGUGUGUAGCAGGCAGAACGUCUUGAAUUGUUAGGGUCAAAAUGGGAACAAAGUAAUGGAGAAACAUUCAUGCCUUACAUUCCCUUUGGAACCGUCACGCAUUAGAAGCAUGUUGUUAUAUAACGUUGCAAUUACUAGAACCUGCGUCACUGAUUAAAGAACCGCUAGAAGAUAAAUUCUUCAAGUUUGUGUAAAAUGUACACUUUUAUUUAUUAAAUCAAGGACAGCACAAGAAAAUGCUACUGUUUAUGCAAUGUGCUUGUACGUUAAUAAAUAUCUCAAAAUAAA